CGUGUCUGACAUCCGUGGAGCUUCUUACUAGCACCGGAGAAAAUUCAUAUUCUACGGGGAGAAUCUUUUCUCCCGAUCGAACGUAUAACCGCAAAGUGAAAAACUGAACUGAGUGACUGGAGAAUCUGCUGUGGCUGAAGGUGAUUGAGAAAUGGUGUUGAUAAAUGGCGCGAAAAGCGUCGGCCGGAUAGUAGGCAUCGGCGGGAAAGGCGGAGUAGGCCAGGUCCUCGGUGCCGUUGCGUUCGCGCUCUUGUUCCGCUUGUUCUCUGGUCCUAAGCUGUCUCAGUUUCCGGAAACAGAUUCUGAGGACGAUGACGACGGCGCCGAUGGAGGAUUCGACGAUGAGGAAGUGCACAGCGGAGGAAAAGUUACUCCGGUUACUCUUCGGUGGAGUAACAUCUCCUGUGCUCUCUCAGAUAAAUCUUCCAAAUCUAUAAGGUUUUUACUUAAGAACGUCAGUGGGGAGGCAAAACCAGGACGAUUGCUUGCUAUCAUGGGACCAUCAGGCUCGGGGAAGACUACUCUACUUAAUGUUCUGGCAGGUCAAACAGUGGCUUCCCCUCGUUUGCAUUUGUCUGGCCUAUUUGAAAUCAACGGCAGGAAAAUUUCAAACAAAGCAUACAAAUUUGCGUAUGUGAGACAAGAGGAUUUGUUCUUCUCACAGCUGACUGUUCGAGAAACGUUGUCUCUUGCAGCUGAGCUCCAACUUCGGGAGAUAAUAUCUGUUGAAGAGAGGGAUGAAUAUGUCAACAAUCUUUUGUUUAAACUCGGUUUGGUCAGUUGUGCUGAUUCCCGUAUUGGGGAUGCAAAAGUGCGGGGAAUCAGUGGUGGUGAAAAGAAACGUUUAUCAAUGGCAUGCGAAAUGAUCGCGAGCCCAUCUGUCAUUUUUGCUGAUGAGCCUACAACAGGACUUGAUGCCUUCCAGGCAGAGAAGGUAAUGGAAACUCUCAGACAGUUGGCUGAGGAUGGGCAUACUGUGAUUUGCACUAUACACCAACCCCGAGGUUCAGUUUAUGCCAAAUUCGACGACAUUGUGUUACUCACGGAAGGUGCACUAGUCUACAGUGGUGCUGCUCGUUCUGAACCAUUGGCUUAUUUUGCAAAUAUGGGGUAUACAUGUCCGGAUCAUGUCAACCCUGCUGAAUUUUUGGCAGAUUUAAUCUCGAUUGACUACAGUUCCACUGAUAGUGUCUACUCCUCUCGAAAAAGGAUAGAUGGGCUUGUUGAUGCAUUCUCUCAGCAAAUUCCAUAUAUUCUAUAUGCAACGCCACUUACAACAAGGCAAAGGUCUAAAAAUGUCGUGUCAUUGAGAAGGAAUGAUCCCAACAAGAAAGGAAAUUGGUGGAAACAGUUUCGGUUGCUCCUCAAACGUGCGUGGAUGCAGGCUUCUCGUGAUGGGUCGACAAAUAAAGUACGAGCGAGGAUGUCGAUCGCUUCAGCUAUUAUAUUUGGAUCUGUUUUUUGGAGAAUGGGACAGUCUCAGACGUCAAUACAGGACCGAAUGGGAUUGCUUCAGGUUACUGCCAUAAACACGGCUAUGGCUGCACUAACAAAGACUGUUGGUGUCUUUCCUAAAGAGCGUGCAAUCGUAGAUAGGGAGCGAGCAAAAGGAUCUUAUUCGUUGGGGCCAUAUCUUCUGUCUAAGUUGCUGGCAGAAAUCCCUGUUGGUGCAGCUUUCCCGUUACUGUUUGGAACCAUUCUUUACCCUAUGGCUCGCUUACAUCCAAACUUAUCAAGAUAUGGGAAGUUUUGUGGGAUAGUAACAAUUGAAUCAUUUGCUGCAUCUGCCAUGGGUCUAACCGUGGGAGCUAUGGUCCCGACAACUGAAGCAGCAAUGGCGUUAGGGCCAUCACUUAUGACUGUGUUUAUAGUUUUUGGUGGGUACUAUGUUAAUUCAGACAACACUCCUAUAAUCUUCCGCUGGAUCCCUCAUGUUUCCCUCAUAGGACGGGCAUUCCAAGGUCUUUGUGUAAAUGAAUUUACAGGACUUCAGUUUAAUCAUCAGAAUUCAUUUGAUGUACAAUUUGGAGAACAGGCACUAGAGCGGCUGUCGUUUGGAGGAACAAAGAUUAGGGAUACGGUUAUAGCACAAAGUAGAAUAGUGAUGUUCUGGUAUUGGACCACUUAUCUCCUCCUUCAGAAAAACAAACCCAAAUACCAACCUCUAGAGCCAUCAAUAACUCCUCCGGAUGAAACUGAACCAUCCCCCCGGUUACUUCUCGAGCCUGUUGUGUCCGAAGAACAACAGGUGGUGGAGUCGAAUGGAGAAUCCCAACAAGAAGAAGAAGAAGAAGAAGAGGAAGAAAAAGAAGAAGAAGAAGGUAAUGAACAAAAUCUGGAGGGGGUUGAACUUGAAUCUGCUCCAGCAGACUUUCUUAAUCCAUUUACACUUGAGGGUUUCUGAUUGAUUGAUUACAUGGAGGAGGAGGAGGUGGGAGGAGAGUUUAAAGGAGAUAUUGCACAUACAGAAUGAAUGAUUGAUUUAUCGAUACACCACAGAUCAAUGGAGGCAAGUAAGUAGACUCUAACUCAAGUCUUUUGUUUGGUUUAAUAAGAUGAUUAGAGUUUUACUUUAGAUGGAUGUAUAAAUAAAAAUGAAUUAAGAUUAGAGCUUUAUUUUGAAGUUAUGGAGCUCUAUAAUAAAAAUCUGGAUAAAUUUGUCCAGUUUUAUUACU